AUGGAGCUACAGGUGGAAAACCAAAGUCAGCCUUUCACCACCAACACCAUGAGGCUGCCAGCUAAAAUCAUCCUGGGAAUGGGAGUAGAUAACUUCAUUUCUCUUCUAAUAUUUGGACUCAUUUUCAUUCUUGGUGUGCUUGGGAACACACUGGUCAUAACUGUGCUGGCGCGCAGUAAACCCGGACAACCGAGGAGCACGACCAACAUAUUCAUCCUCAACCUGAGCGUGGCUGACCUGUCCUACCUCCUCUUCUGUGUCCCUUUCCAGUCCACCAUCUACAUGCUACCUACGUGGGUGCUCGGAGCGUUCAUUUGCAAGUUUAUCCACUAUUUCUUCACCGUUUCUAUGCUGGUCAGUAUUUUCACUCUGUCAGCGAUGUCCGUGGACCGUUACGUGGCCAUCGUCCACGCCAGGAAAUCCUCUUCGAUCCGGGUGGAGAGGCAUGCCAUGCUCGGAGUGGUGCUGAUCUGGACCCUGUCCGUGGUCAUGGCAGCUCCCGUAGCGCACUACCAGAGCAUCGUGGAGAGGGAGAACAACAACACCUUCUGCUGGGAGGUCUGGCCGGAACACCAGAGGAAAGUCUACGUGAUGUGCACCUUUGUGGUCGGAUACCUUCUGCCUCUCACUUUGAUAUCUGUCUGCUAUGCAAAGGUUUUAAAUCAUCUGCACAAAAAGCUCAAGAAUGUCUCAAAAAAAUCCGAGCUCUCCAAAAAGAAGACUGCUCAGACUGUCCUCGUGGUGGUUGUUGUCUUCUGUCUGUCCUGGCUGCCUCAUCACAUCGUCCACCUGUGGGUGGAGUUUGGCUCCUUCCCUCUGAACCAGGCCUCCUUCGUGUUCAGGAUGGUGGCUCACUGCUUGGCCUACAGCAACUCCUCUGUUAAUCCCAUCAUCUAUGCCUUCCUGUCUGAGAACUUCAGGAACUCCUAUAAGCAGGUUUUCUGGUGCCGGGCGCCCAGCGAGUGUCCUCUGAACGAAAACAGAGACCCCCGCAGCAGAAUGGAGACGGCACCUUCCACUAAUGUCAGCGUGUCUUAUAAAGGUCACGACUCUCAGAUUAGUAAAAUGCUUUGA